GAAAAUUUGUGUCCAACUCCUGUACAAUGAGAUCCGGUUUCUAUGGCUGUUUCUGUGCUUGAGUCGGUAGUCUCAAGGCUCUGCUCACACAAUGUGUCCAUUUACAUUACCGAGAUCGAGAGAGGAAACUCUUAUGAUUCAUGUCCGGAUCGAAACUUGAAAUGCACAAGUACCUCGCUUGGGAAGAUUGACUGACCAUAGGCCGAUAUCCCUCCUGCGGACACACGUAACAGGGUUGAUUGAGCAUGUAAGAGAUGGACAGUAUCAAAAAGAGAUGGCUUCAUGGAUGGAGCAAGAUGUGGCUGGCAAUCUUGAAUGGAUGACCUGAGAAUUUCCAUUGUCCUUGAGCAUGCACAAUGCUUAACUCCGACGCCCACACGAACUUUUGCAUCAAUACAGAUACUCCUGGUACGGCACUCAAUUCUGCUCCUUUCCUCUUAUCGACUCUGUGAUGAAUGGCACUGGGCGCCGACAGUCAAAACUUGGCUGGUCUUGAUGGAAAAGCCCUAUCGCGGCAGGCCUAGAAAACCUCGCCCACUGAUUCUUGUCACUCUCCUGCAUUUUUGUUCGACCUCUUCACACCGAACAAGGCUGAGUUUCCAGACAGGUCCGAACAAGGACGGGAUUUUGCAUUCGGUAAGCUGACGGUCCUGCUCUUUGUCCUUUCAUGAUGAACCUUUUCUAGAUGACGAGUCUUAUUCAGUCAACCUGAUGCAGACAAACACAAACUACCAUUCAUGCAUUUCCUGAAACCUUUCUCUUAUCAAUAUCCAUGAUAGCCAUGAUGGACUGUGCUGACUAUGGACUUCAGGUCACGUGUAUGCUGCUGUUGAUUGUAUGUGAAACAACAUCAGGCUCCUCUCCCUCAAACAUGAUGAAUCGACACAUUUCAAAGACAAGCAUAUGUCCAAGUUGACUCCUGUUGACGAAGACGAUACUGUCAUCUCUGAUCUUCCUCCAACUACAUCUUCUGCAUCAAGCCUUUCUCCAACAAACACUGACAGCAGACCUUUCAGGUUUCUACAGGUGAACAGCCAGAGUUUGUUCCCUUCCCAGUCCUGUAGCGUCCACCCAUACUGAGCCCAGCAUGUCGACUAGCAUAACAAUAUAUUUUCUGAAUUCCUCUGCGAUCUUCACUUGU